AUGAAUUUGUUUUGGCCUUCAGAAACCAAAAAGCAAAAUGAAACACCUGGUGGCGAUUAUACACCCAGGAACUUACCUCCAGCACAAGAGGCUGGCCGAUUCCUUAAUCGAGACAUAUUCAGAAGUUGUCCACGAGUUUUGGAAAGGCAGUUCGGUGAAUGUCUGCAUAAUAGAACGCAUUUAAUCAAGGAUCUAAUUUCUUCUGGCAAUGUUGGAUUGGGUCCAAUUGAGAUAGUUCACAUGUCUUACUUGAACAAACAUGAAAAAGAAGAAUUUGGUGAAUAUUUCUACGUUACGGGAGUUGAAGUUUCCGACCCUUCAAUACCCGUAGAAUUCCUUAAGGUAUUAAAGUCGAAUCAACGGAUCUCCAAAAACAUAUCGAAUAACAUCAUAUCCACUUAUUGCUGUUUUAAUUUUUUCAGCAAUCUAGACAUCCGUAUUAGAUACGAUGCUGAUAAUACUUUCCAGACAAUGGCAAUCGACUGUAACAAGGAAACCACUGAUCUGACCAUGACAGAAAAAAUGUGGGAAGAAACGUCCGUAAGCUCCAUCAUCCGAGCGAUCACAACAAAUAUUAAUCCAGAAUUAAAACCCCCCGGUUUAUUAGAGUGUCCAUUUUACAUUGGAAAAGAUACUGUAUCUUCUUGCAAAAAAAUCAUAGAAUUACUAUGCGGCUUCUUACCACGGUCGCUGGACUGCGGAUGGGAUUCUACUAAGAGUAUGCAAAUUACAAUUGUCAAUAACUAUUUAAUGUAUAGUUUAAAAAGUUUUAUUGCAACCACGCCGGGCUUAGUAGAUUUUACCAUCGACCAUUUGAAGGGACUUGCCAAGAAAGAUCCAAUCCAUGACAUAUACUACAAAACGGCUAUGAUUACCAUUUUAGAUCACGUUCAAACAAAUGAGAUAGAAAUGAUAACUAUUUUAAAUGAGACACUGGACCCGCUUUUAUCUCUGCUGAAUGAUUUACCUCCUCGCGAUGCUGAUUCAGCACGGUUAAUGAAUUGCAUGAGUGACUUGCUGAACAUCCAAACAAAAUUUUUGUUAAACAGAGAAGACUACGAACUAGCAUUAAGCGUCUCUGAUACAUCAACUGAACUAGCCUUAGAUUCUUUCGAAGCCUGGUACAACUUAGCGAAGUGUCACAUCAAAAAGGAGGAGUAUGACAAAGCUCUCUUUGCAAUAAAUUCGAUGCCUCGCCUGCGGAAAAAUGAUGAAUACCUGGAAACAACGUACGGUAGGUUUCUCACCUCCAAUUAUUAUAAAAAACCAUUAAAUGGCACUCGCCAACAUUGCGACCUAAAUUCAACGGAAUUCACCAAUCUCUGUGGAACGUUAAGAAACUGGAAAGAGGAUGAGUUAAAACAGCAAAUUUUUGGAAGAAUUGCAAUGAUAAACGAAAAAAAAAUCGGCUAUACCAAACAAAUUUGGGACGGUAUCGCGAUAAAGUUGGGCCCCAUUUGUGGUCCGCAAUCGGUGAAUUUGAUUAAUUAUGUCUCACCUCAAGAGGUCAAAAAUAUAAAAAAUAUUAAUCUAAUAGCAAGGAACACGAUCGGCAAACAGUUGGGAUGGUUUAAUGGUAAAAUAUAUGGGUUGCUAAUGGAAAUUGUGAACAAGAUUGGUUGGAAUGGGCUAUUAAACAUCCGAACAGAAGCUUUCAUGAUGGAAACUGAAUUCUACCAAAUGUCUAACAACAUUACCGAUGAGAACGGUCAUAUACCGAUGGAAACCCGAAAGAAAAGGUUUUGUGAGAAGUGGCUAGAUGAUUUAUUUUUGGAUCUGUACCAAGACCUGAAAUUAAGCAAGAUUAGCCUAAACAAUAAAGAUGAAAAACAUAGCGGAUUAGAGUGGGAACUUUUAGGUUUGAUCAUGUUGCGCACCUGGCAUUGGGAAGAUGCCGUAGCUUGUCUACGAACAAGUAUAGUAGCUCAAUUUGACCCCGUAAGUUGUCAGCAGCUACUAAAAAUAUACCUGCAACCUCCAAAUAACAUCCAAGAGGUUACAUUACUAGACACAGAUAUCGUAAUAAGUUUACUGAUCAAGAAAAUAUCAUAUGAUUGCAGGUAUUAUAAUUAUUGCCAGAUUUUUAAUCUGCAACUGCUAGAAAAACUAUGCAACGAAUUGGGUAUGCAUAUACUGCGCAACAAGAUCCUCGUUCAACCCUCCAUAGGAGAUGAAAUCAUGGUCAUGAUCGAUACCAUGCUUGCGUGGAUAGCCGACCUACAUCACGCAGCACAACCUUGA